UGGUGGGGAUGCGACUUUUAUUUGUUUUUUAAUUCUCUAAGGAAACGUGUAAAGAAAGCCUUUGAUGUUAUGUAAACCUCUCGUCACUAUUUCGUUACGUUAAUUGCACGCAGGAAUAUUGCAAUGUUUUGCUUGGUCCGACUUUGUUUAUGUGUUUAUUUAGCAAUUUCCUUUGCGUAAAAAGAGGGCGGAGAGUGCGCGCCCGUCCCCCCGGGUGGUCUGGCUAGCGCGCCUGCCCCCCGGCCAGCAGGUGGUCUGGGUAGCGCGCCUUCAGAGCGCCGAUCACGGCAACACGGGACUACACGGGAGCUCGGUGAAAGUACUGCUUGCAGGCGAGGAGGUUUGAUCUUCCACAGUCUUUGCGCGUCUUCUGCCGUGUUUUGGUCGUCCCUUAUCGCUGUGUAUUAACGAGAUGUUGGUCUAAUGUUGUUUUAAUGAAAACUGGACUGAAAAAAAGUUAUUAUUUUUACCGGUGUCUAUCGUUUAAUUUAGGAUGGGAUGCGAUACAGGCGUUUGGAAUAUGAACAGGUACAGUAUGUCUUGAGCAGACUGAUUUCAUUCAUCUCUGGUGCUUUCUGCUCCCCGCUGUCGCCCCGGUCACACCCUGGCCUCCCGCAGGUGGGCUUCUAUUAUACUGACGAUGAAGCCCAAGAGCUGCAGACCGUGGUGUCUUUAGCAACCUGUAAGGAUUCAUUUCCUGAGUUGGAUCUUGAGGAUUUCCUCCUGAACAAUGUCCUUAAGCUGCUUUUGUGAUCCUUUACUGAAUGGAUCAGAAUUUGGCCUUUCUCUGUGUAACGUCACCACUUUUAACCACACCGGCAACGGCAGCGGACAGUGUCAGCUUCUGACGCUGGACGACGUACUCUUCAGGCUCCUCGGGCCAAGGAGGUCUCCCUUCUUCCUCCCAGUGACUCUGACUUACGUCCUCAUUUUCGUCACAGGGGUGGUGGGGAACCUCCUCACCUGCACUGUGAUCACAAAGCACAGGAAAAUGCGAACACCCACCAACCUGUACCUCUUCAGCCUGGCCGUCUCCGACCUGCUGGUCCUACUGUUCGGGAUGCCCCUGGAGAUCUACGACCUGUGGCAGAACUACCCCUUCCCUUUCGCCGAAGGCGUCUGCAGCUUCAAGGUCUUCUUGUUCGAGACAGUUUGCUUUGCGUCCGUGCUUAACGUCACGGUCCUGAGCGUGGAGCGGUACGUGGCCGUGGUCCACCCCCUGAAGACCCGCUAUGCCGUCACUAACAAGCACGCCCAGAGGGUCAUCGGCGGGGUGUGGCUCGCGUCCCUGGUCUGCGCCAUCCCCAACACCUCUCUCCACGGCCUCCGCUACUACUACCUGCCUGAGAAGGUGCUGGAGUCGGCCACCUGCAACCUUCUCAAGCCGCAGUGGAUCUACAACCUGGUGAUCCAGGUGACCACUGUGCUUUUCUACUUCGUGCCCAUGGUUGUGAUCAGUGGGCUAUACCUGGCGAUCGGGGUCCGACUGGGCAGGGAGCACCGGCAGCGGGGCAGGAAACCCGAGAAGGGCAGCGGCACCCGCACCAGCUGGACGAUCCGAGUGGAGAGCAGCCGCAGGAGACAGGUCACAAAGAUGCUGGUUAGCAGCAGUGUGGCUCUCUCACGGCUCUUCUCUGUGCUUGCUGCAGCUGUGGUAGUGCUGGUCUUCGCAAUCUGCUGGGCUCCAUUCCACAUCGAUCGUCUCUUGUGGAGUUUCAUUACGCGCUGGACCGACCACAUGCACAACGUCUUCGAGUACGUGCACAUCCUCUCCGGCGUCCUGUUCUACCUCAGCUCCGCUGUCAACCCCGUCAUUUACAACCUCCUCUCCACACGCUUCCGCGAGCGCUUCCUCGAGCUUGUGUGCAGCCGCCUGGAGCCCAGCGCCUCGCAGGGUGGCUCGCCGCCCUACUGUAACAGGCCGUCCUUCCGCAAAGGCGCAGUAGCCUUGGUGACCAACACCCAGACACGGGGCAGGGCUCAGACAGACCCGCGCCCCGCUGUUAUCUACAGCAGAGGGUGGGACCAGGAGCUCGAGACCACGUUCAUGUGACACGCUGUCCCUGAUCGAGGGCAUUUAGCUGCCCACCAGGUUGAGGCAGUUCUCCUCACUGACAAACCUCUUCUGAGCACCUGUGAGCAACAGGAAGUCCAUUUUGUAGAGUGUUUUCAAACACCUCAUGCUGGUAAUAAGGCAUUCAAGGUCAUUGUCAUUCUGAUAGGCUAUUACCAUUCAUUCAUAUGCAGUUCAUAUGUUGCAAGGAUACAUAACAGGAACUAGUGUUUCAUAAAUUGCUGUAUGGCUGUAGAUGGACAGGAAUAUUAAUGUCUAAUCUAGUUGUGCAGGUCAAUGGAUUGUGUAAAACAAAAAGGACUUUCUUGCUUCAUUUAGAUGAUCUCAUUUGCAACAUGUCAAUAAGAAUCACGGUUUGUAACCUUUUUAAGUUCCGUACUGUUUCCGUGUCUUUUAUUCACCGACAUCUUUUUUUCCCUUGUGGGUUUUAUUUAUCCACUUUAACAGAGUGUACUCAUUGAUAUGGUAAUGAUAUUAUGGGCAGAAUUUACUAAGGACAGGUUUGGCACAAGUAGUUGCUGACAACAGAACGCAACAUUUAAUCUGCGUGGAUAAAAAUGAUGUGAUCUUUUAACUGAUUCUGAAAAAUAAGAAAUAAACCAGUUUAAUGAAUACACUGGAAAAAAAGAGGCUGAAUUGCUUUCAUUGAUGAAGUACGGGUACCUCUAAUGGACUUUAGUUGCCUUGGUAGCAAAAGAGGAGUCUUACUUUAGGUCUCUGUUCCAAAGAAAUGAAAGGGACAACAUGGCAGGCUAACUCUUAUUCUCAAGAAGAACACGCCAGCGAAGCAUUAUCAGCUUUUGGCUCAUAAAGAUGCUCUCAGAGAAAGAGACACAGUGGAAAACAGGGCUUACACAGAAAACAACAAGGCAAUCCAAGGGCAUAACGUAUUCUGGCAAUGUCCAACUUCUGUGGGAUCCGGAAAGUGCUUCUGGUAUGUGUGAAUGCUAUCUUAAGUGAAGAAGAUUUUAUUUCUGGUUUGAUAUGUUGCGUCAGAAUGUGCUUUAUAAAAACAAAGGUAAUGCUCCUAAGAGGUGUAACAUAUCAAAACAUCAUCAUCGUCAUCAUCAGAGUCUCACAGACCCCCCCCCCCCAAAUUGAAUCAAAGUGUUGAACCUUGGCCUCUCCCUGAACACCCUGCUCCGCUCGCGUGUGGACUGGGGACCUACCGCACCCAGUGAGUGAAGUCUCUGGUGACACAGAAGGAAUGCGGGCCUGCAGUAGUCAGAUCAGGACCGCCACCCCGACAACUCGCACACACCAGCCACGUCGCACAGACAUUAGCCUGGAAGCAGGUCUUAGAAUUGAAAAACUUGUGUAGUAUUAUUCACUCCUGCUAGCUGUUUGUAUGCUCCUUACGUACGCCAUUACAAAAGAUCCAAUUCUGUAAAUAUCAGUAAUUUUGUAAUAACUUAAAAGAGUUGUCUGUAAAAGUUAAAGAAACAGCUUGAGUGAGCAGGCCAAAUUCAUGGAUUAAAAAAAAUGUGAAACUGCUUGAUAGGUCAAGGUCCUGUGUCACCCACCAGACUUAUGGCCAGCAACGCUAAAGCCAAAUGAGUACAAUACAUCUCUCAGUUGCCUUAAACCUUGAUGUUAUUUAAAAUACAUACAAAAUUUCUCGUAUAAUCACUCAUGUUGUCUGUACAUUUCUAAAUAAUAUUCUGAACUGUCGUAAAGUGAAAUGGUUGCAUUCUUGAAACUCAAUAAACAAUAUAUGCCUUUCUUGGCAUAUUUCUGAUGCGUU